GCUGUGAAUUAAAAUGGCUACUAUGUAUCGGCCAUGAUGGCGUUCAAGCACAGGGAUAGUCUAACGCAAACAUGUACUCUCAGUGAAAUAAAACAAUUGUACCAAGUGCAUGAGUGUUAAGGGUGCAUCAAUAAUGAUAAUCAUUGACCAACGAUGAGACCUUGAUAAAUACCACCGUGGUGGGUGUUGUGGGGCCUUUUGUGGGACCCCGAUACGAGCCCCACGUUGAAUAAGAAAAAAUAAAAAGAAACACAAGACGGUGGAUCCAGUGAAGCUGAGAGAGAGGUAGUGAGGGAGAGAGGGCACUGAAGUGAGACAGAUAUACACGAUAUACACGAAUUUGCAGUGAGUGUGAUAGUGACAUUCACUACAUACAAGUACGCCCAGAGUCUCUUGGCAGUCGUGCAUACACAAUACACAUAAUACAUAGUACAUAGGUUGUACAUAUAUACAAUGUCCAUGCAUACAUGUGAACACUGAAAUACAUGGAUGAGCAGUGAUUAUGUACACGGUGUCCAUGCAUAUACGUACGUACAUGUGUAAUAUAUAUUUAUGUGUACAUAAUUCAAAAUUUUAUGAAAAAUAUACACAAUUGUUGUAGAGUGGCUUGAUGCUCGGGCAAGUGCAGACACAUUCCCAGAGAACUCUGUAUUAUUAUUUUUUUUCUUUCAUUCGUAAAUAGGAGUGAUUGUGCGGUUAUUUUUUUUUCGUCCCUCGUACGGUGAUCGAACACAUGGAACAUUUGUAAAUUAACAUCAGUGAUUUUUUCACUUCUGCUCUAGGGGAGGGGACAACAUUCGCGGGUGUCUUGUGGACAUCCUCCUGACUCGCGAGACAGUGAUUUUGAGGUUAUGUGACACUUUUUUUAAUGGAGAAUGUGGUUAUUCAGUGAGAUAUUGAUUCGAGAGAUGUUGAAGUGAUUAUUGGGAACAUCUGUGAUUCCAUGGGGUUGGGAAGUGUUUUUUGAAGGUUUUUUUAUUGUUAGAAGUGAGGAUGAGCAAACUGUCAUUCAGGGCUAGGGCCCUGGACGCCUCGAAGCCUAUGCCUAUUUAUAUGGCUGAGGAGCUACCUGAUCUACCGGAUUACUCAGCAAUUAACAGAGCUGUUCCACAGAUGCCUAGUGGCAUGACCAAGGAGGAAGAAUGCGAGCAUCACCUCCAACGGGCAAUAUGCGCGGGACUAAUAAUCCCCACUCCAGAGGUCACCGACUUGACGGAUGUGGAGGCAUACGACAAGAUUUACCCGGCUGAUUACAAAUUACCUCGGCAGUUGAUUCACAUGCAGCCGUUCGCAAUGGAACAAGAUAUUCCAGACUACGACAUGGACUCGGAGGAUGAAAGAUGGGUGGGAGUCCAGAGUAGAAAGAUGGAUCUCACACCACUGCAAUUCGAGGAGAUGAUGGACAGAUUGGAGAAGAGCUCUGGCCAGAAUGUUGUCACUCUCAAUGAGGCAAAGGCGUUACUGAAGGAGGAUGAUGAUCUGAUAAUUGCUGUAUUCGAUUAUUGGCUAAAUAAACGUCUCAAAACGCAACAUCCCCUCCUACUGACGGUAAAGACUGAUCAUCGUUUGGGGUCAGCUGCCAAUAAUCCUUAUCUAGCGUUCAGGCGGAUCACCGAGAAAAUGCAAACGAGGAAAAAUCGCAAAAACGACGAGACAAGCUAUGAAAAAAUGCUCAAACUACGAAGGGAUCUCAGUAGAGCAGUCACUCUUCUCGAAUUGGUCAAGAGACGAGAAAAAACGAAACGUGAACAUUUACAUUUGACUAUUGAAGUCUAUGAGAAGAGGUACCAAGCGGAAGAUUUCAAUGGCCAAAUACUAUCUGACGUGUCGGCAUUGAAGACGACUAGACCUGCAUUCGCACCUCUAUUUACUAAUCAAUUCGGCGUACACCAGAAUUGGGCGAACAAACUUUCGAACAAGGAGGAUGGAUUACCUCGUAAGGAGAAACGACAGUAUAAGAAGAGAAAACACAAAGUCGAUGGUAGAGCUGGUGGUAUCGAUGAAAGUGGUGUACGAAUUGGUUCAGGUACUGGUAGCAGUAGGAGUACGAAGACCAGUGUGAUUGGUAGUGGGCUGGACCCGCUGGCUAGCUCGGAUGAGGACAGCCCCUUUCCGCACACACAAAUGUCAAUGUCGUCGGAUCGCGAUGAGGAGGAUAAUACCGAGGAUGGUCUUUUUGCCUUCCGACGAAAUCGAUAUUCCACUUAUCUUCCACCUGUAUCAAAUGGCUACGGCAAUUGGCCCUGGUGUGAGAAAACCGAGGGGGGUGCAGCUAAUAAAAAAUACAGAUUUGCACUCACCAGCAUUAGUAAACCUAGUCCGAGGUGUAUAGGCCUUGCGAGGCGGAGGCUAGGUCGUGGAGGAAGAGUUAUUCUAGAUCGCUACUCCAACAGUAUGGAUGACAUAUGGUCAUCGUUAGAUUUUACAAUUCACGAGUCACAGAACGACGUAUCAGUAGAUCCUAUGGCGACGGCAGCCGGUACAACAACUAUUAAAAAGGAACCAUUGCACUUUCGACCAAAAACCCCAGAAUGUGAUUACCAAGCUUCAGAUGCACUCCAAAGUUCCUCACCAGUGGCAAACAAUAGCAGCAGUACCGAAGAAUCCGACAAUGAUUUGGAGCCAGAUCCACGCACAAACCAUCAAGUUUAUCAAUUCCCCCAGGAAGCCACAUCCAUAUGCGUCGACUUUGAACCAGACAGGCCAGGUGAUGACUCUCCAUUCACAACUGAAUUCAAUGUAUCGGAUUAUUUUGCUGUCGAUACACUGUCGGAAUUUGAUCUUGGCCUGUCAUCAUCCAUAAAUGACGAGCAGUAUCAAUUUGGCAGUUCGCGCUUCAAUGUGAUACAAUUGACAGACAAUUCUAUAUCAUACCGUGGUAAUCAGUGCAGUGUUAGUAGUGCAUCUGUAAAUACAAAUGUCCCCAUAGUGACAACAAAUUCUACACCAUCAUUGUCGUUAUUAUCAUCGUCAGUAUCAUCAGCAACAUCGUCAUCCAUCACUACCUCAAUUGCCAAUCCUUCCACAUCGACAGUUAUAUCGCCAGUCAUAAAUAGUACACAUCAGCAUCAAUUUGUUGACAAUGGUAAUUAUCAACAAUAUAAAAAUCAACAGAGACAGUCUUUAUCGCGCAGUGGUAAUUCAUCGAUAUUGAGUAAAUCAGUGGUUACUGGUGGUGGUAGACAUAGUGCUAAUGUUGAUUUAACUGGUAUAACGAACUUUGGAAAUGGACAUCAGAAUGGUCCGUCCAGUCAUUUGCAUGGUACUAGUGUUGUACUGCAGAAUAGUGGUGGUUAUAGUGGACAUAGUCAGGGGGCAUUGUUGUUACCCCAGAAACAUCCAACAACUGGACUGUUACCGGGUUUCAUAGCACCCAACAAAUUGGCCAGUCUUGCUAGGCAACAGCAGCAUCAGGUACAGCAGACUGGAAAUAUUCAAGGACAACAGUUGACGAUGUCUAAGGACAUUACGCUUAAUAGUAAUAAUAGUGAAGGAAUGGAUAUGGAGGUAGACGGUGUUGAAGGAUCAUCAUGUGAUACAAAUUCACAACAGCAGCAACUAGUGCGAACUAAUAAGACAAACUCACUGGCAAUGGAAGUGACAUGAUGCCUGUUGUUAAAACCCCCGUCAUAUAUUUCACGUUACAACUGGGGGCUUCGCUUAACAAUUUCACAAAAAUUUCAAGCAAGAGACCGGAAAUAUUACUUUCCAAUGGCUCUUCAAAAAUCUCUCAUUCGUCAUUUUUUUUAUCUGUAAAUGGAGAACUAAUGUUGGAUGAUCAUUGAGUUGACAAAGUGCGGACUACGCUUAUUUUUUAUUCAUUAUGUGUAAUAUCCGUUGAAUGAUGAAAAAAAAAUUGAGCCCUCGGGGCACUCACUGAUUGGAUUGCAAUUAAUCUAGAAGAAAAAAUAAACAUUUAAUUUCGGACUACAAUUUAUGGUGAAUAAUAUUCUCCUGUUCCCGACAAUGUGUUAUAGUCAAAUGUAGCUAAAAACUUUGUGAGUCACUAAUUGACUGGACUUCCACGGGAAUUCAAGAAAUUAACAUUAAUAUUGAGUAAUGCGCAUUGCUCAAUUUUUUGGGAAAACACGGCGUAUGCGGAUGAUACAAAAGAUUUUCAUUAAUGAUAAUUAAAAGUUAUCAAUAUACCUUCAUGUACAUCGAUACCAGAUAAUUUACAAAUUCGAGAUUUAAUUGUGGAGAAAUGAAAAUAAAUUGUAUGUGAAUUCAAGUUUUUCUUUUAAGCUCAAAAGUACUCGCUCUUGGAAGUAUUAACUCAUUUAGUCAACACAUUUCUCAGUUUUAUGGUAUAUCACGAGUGAUAAAAUAGAAUUGAAAAAAAAAGUAAUAAUAAUAAUGAAAUAUUAAAAGUCGUGACAUUCGAGACGAAUUGGAUAAUUCAUUGUUAACAAAAUGAGUAGAGAAUUUCCAUGAUGACCAUGUAACACUGAGUGACUCUGCAGUGAGGAAACUGUAAAAAAAACUAAUGAAUGGGGCUGACGAUGAUGAUGAGAGUGAAUGAAUAGGUAUAUUCAUUUGAACGAUUUCAAUUAAACAUAUAAAUGAGAGAAAAACUACAAAUAUAAAUGAUAAUAAGAGAAAUUUUGUAAAUACAAAAAUAAUUACGCUUACUGUAUCUUUUAAUUUAAGGCGAUUAAUUAAAUCAAUGUAAUUAAAUGUUGUUGUGGUAGGUGCGCAGUGAUGUGUAAAAAAAUAUGACUAAUUGAAGGAUAGAAAGAGAAUAACACGAAAGAAAUUAAUUGAAACAAAAUCACAGGGAGAAUAAUAAAUAAAUUUGAUCCUGACAUUGAGAGAA